AUGAACAGGAAAAAGAAUAUUGAUCUUAUCUUCAAUUUUAGAAUGCAUUCCAGAUACUAUUCACAUGUAACUAAAGGCUUUAAUGAUACAUAUAUCCCAGCAUUAAACAUAUAUAGUAAAAGGAAGAAAAAAAAUGCAUUAUAUUUUCCUAUAAAAUUUUUUAUAUUUACUCUUUCAAUUUGGAUACUACAAUAUUCUAAUAAUUGGGAUUCUUGUAAAUCAUUGAAUCAUAAAAAUGGAUUAAAUAAUAUAUUAAAUCUAGGAGAUAAAAGAUCAUUAGCAGAAAAUAAUGAUUCAAUAAAACAAAAAGAAGGAUUACAGUGCUACAUACAAGAAGGUAUGAUGACAAUAAAUUUAGAACCAAGAAAUGAACAAAGUAAAAUAGAGCAAAAUAUAAAUGUAGAACCAAAAUAUGAAAAAGAGACAAUGGAAAAAAAUGAAAAGAUAAAAUUUAGUGAGGGAAUCUUAUAUAAAUGCAAAAAUAACUUAAAACUGGUUUCUUUAUUUCUUGCUAUUUUCUUAUCACUGUCUUCAUUUUCAUUAUUUUUACUAAAUCAUCUCGACUAUUCGGAAUUAUAUGACGUCGACUUAGUAUUAUUUACUUUAUCUUCUUUGAUAGUUUCAACUAUUUUAAUAUAUGAGAGAAUUGACAUAAAAUAUAAAAAGUAA